AGGGAUUAACAGUUCUGUUCCGCUGCACUUGACCUGAGGGUCCCUGGCUAUGAGCGAGUGGGGACCGGUGUAGACGGCGUACGUGGCCUGCGUGAGUGCGUGGUGGCGGCGCGUGCGCGAAGCGAGUGGGCGGUGUGGCAGGGUCCUCGUGUGUCCCUCCCCGCGACCCCAGCGCCGUAGCUCAAUGUCCCAAGACACCCAGGCAUCCGCGGCCCUCUCGGAGAGGCCAGCCCCUCUCGCCGGUCCCUCAGUGACCUCAAGCUCGGCCAGCACAUCGCUAUGGUGACGGUGGGCAACUACUGCGAGACCGAAGGGCCGGUGGGCCUGGCCUGGACCCAGAAUGGCUUAAGUCCCUGUUUCUUCUUCACGCUUGUGCCCUCGACACUGAUGACACUGGGGGCUCUGGCCUUGGUCCUGGUUCUUCCCUGCAAACGUCGGGAGCUGCCAGCUGGCACAGACGAACUGUCUUGGGGGGCCGGCCCUCGCGUAGCUCCAUAUGUGCUGCAGUUGUUUCUGGCCACACUUCAGGUGGCCCUGCCCCUGGCCGGCCUGGCUGGCCGAAUGGGCACCGCCGCGGGGGCUCGGCUGCCAGGCUACCUACUGCUGGCCUCGGUGUUCGAGAGUCUGGCCAGCGCCUGUGGCUUGUGGCUACUCGUGGUGGAACGGAACCAGGCACGGCAGAGUUUGGCAAUGGGCAUUUGGAUGAAGUUCAGGCACAGCCUCGGUCUCCUGCUUCUCUGGACAGUGGCGUUUGCAGCUGAAAACUUGGCCCUGGUGUCUUGGAACAGCCCGCAGUGGUGGUGGGCGAGGGCAGACUUGGGCCAGCAGGUUCAGUUUACCCUAUGGUUCCUGCGCUAUGUGGUCUCUGGAGGGCUAUUUGUCUUGGGACUCUGGGCCCCUGGACUUCGCCCCCAGUCUUACACUUUACGGGUUCAUGAAGAGGACCAGGAUGUAGAAAGGAACCAGGUUCCCUCAACAGACCCACGAUCUACCUGGCGAGACCUUGGCAGGAAGCUCCGCCUACUGAGUAGCUACCUGUGGCCUCGGGGAAGUCCAGCUCUACAGCUGGUUGUGCUCAUCUGCCUGGGACUCAUGGGGUUGGACCGAGCACUCAAUGUGUUGGUCCCCAUCUUCUAUAGGGACAUUGUGAACUUGCUGACCGCCAAGGCUCCUUGGAGCUCCCUAGCCUGGACUGUUACAACCUAUGUCUUCCUCAAGUUCCUCCAGGGGGGUGGCACCGGCAGUACAGGCUUUGUGAGCAACCUGCGCACCUUCCUGUGGAUCCGGGUACAGCAGUUCACAUCCCGUGGCGUGGAGCUGCGCCUCUUUUCCCACCUACAUGAACUCUCACUGCGCUGGCACCUGGGCCGCCGUACUGGGGAGGUGCUGCGGAUUGUGGACCGAGGCACAUCCAGUGUCACAGGACUGCUCAGCUACCUGGUGUUCAACAUCAUCCCCACACUGGCUGACAUCAUCAUUGGCAUCAUCUACUUCAGCACGUUCUUCAACGCCUGGUUUGGCCUCAUUGUGUUCCUGUGCAUGAGUCUUUACCUCAUCCUGACCAUUGUAGUCACUGAGUGGAGAGCAAAGUUUCGCCGUGCUAUGAACACACAGGAAAAUGCCACCCGGGCACGAGCAGUGGACUCUCUGCUAAACUUUGAGACGGUGAAGUACUACAAUGCCGAGGGUUAUGAAGUGGACCGCUAUCGAGAGGCCAUCAUCAAAUAUCAGGGUCUGGAGUGGAAGUCAAAUGCUUCACUGGUUGUACUAAAUCAGACCCAGAACUUGGUGAUUGGACUUGGGCUCCUCGCUGGCUCCCUGCUUUGUGCAUACUUUGUCAGUGAGCAGAAGCUACAGGUUGGGGACUUUGUGCUGUUUGGCACGUAUAUCACCCAACUGUACAUGCCUCUCAACUGGUUUGGCACCUACUACAGGAUGAUCCAGACCAACUUCAUUGACAUGGAGAACAUGUUUGAUCUGCUGAAAGAGGAGACAGAAGUGAAGGAUGUUCCUGGAGCAGGGCCCCUUCACUUUCAUAAAGGUCGGAUUGAGUUUGAAAAUGUGCACUUCAGCUAUGCUGAUGGACGGGAGACCCUGCAGGAUGUGUCCUUCACUGUGAUGCCUGGACAGACCCUGGCCUUGGUGGGCCCAUCUGGGGCAGGGAAGAGCACAAUUUUACGCCUGUUGUUUCGCUUCUAUGACAUCAACUCUGGCUGCAUCAGAAUAGAUGGACAGGACAUUUCACAGGUGACCCAGAUCUCUCUCCGGUCUCACAUUGGAGUUGUGCCUCAGGAUACUGUUCUCUUCAAUGACACAAUUGCCAAUAAUAUCCGGUAUGGUCGUGUCACAGCUGGGGACAGUGAGGUGGAGGCUGCUGCUCAGGCUGCAGGCAUCCACGAUGCCAUCUUGUCUUUCCCUGAAGGGUAUGAGACACAGGUGGGUGAGCGGGGACUGAAGCUAAGUGGUGGUGAAAAGCAGCGAGUAGCCAUUGCCCGUACAAUUCUCAAGGCUCCAGACAUCAUUCUGCUGGAUGAGGCAACAUCAGCAUUGGAUACAUCUAAUGAGAGAGCCAUUCAGGCCUCUCUGGCCAAAGUCUGCGCCAACCGUACCACCAUCGUAGUGGCACACAGGCUUUCAACUGUGGUCAAUGCUGACCAGAUUCUCGUCAUCAAGAAUGGGUGCAUUGUAGAGAGAGGACGACAUGAAGCUCUGUUGUCCCGAGGCGGGGUGUAUGCUGAAAUGUGGCAGCUGCAGCAGCAAGGACAAGAAACAGUCUCUGAAGACUCUAAACCCCAGACUACAGCACAGUGACAAAAGUGACCUCUUUCCUUCCCAAGGCUAACUCAGGAGAAUAAGAUGUGUCCCUUUUCCCUGGCUUAUUUCAUCCUGGUCUAGGGGUUUGGUGCUAGCUUUUGUAAGGGAAAGGGACCUUUGAGAAAGCACUUUAAGGAAAUAAAAAUUGACUGUGCAAGGAU